AUGCAGUCUUCCUCCACAGACGGUCUCAGCGAGGUUUUGAUUUGGCCAUUGUCUUUGUGCGAGCUUCUGCAGGUCCCUUUCAGCAUUGAAGAUCCAGAUUACAAGGGGCUUGAGCUGGAUGUGAUGUCUCCAUGUGAGAAGCACGGCAUGGCAUCUGAGAGGCUUGUUGCCUUUGAAGGAACAGACACAGGCAGGAGGUUUUUAGCAUGUGCACAGCCGGAAGGUAGCAAUUGUGGCUUUGUUGAAUGGGUUGAUCACCAGUGGCCCCCAACAAUGCAGAAUGCAUUGUUGAAGCUAUGGGCAAUGGUUGAAGAUGCCAAAAGUGCUAGGGUGAAUGACAAUCUUGAAAGUUCUUUCACUAUCCACCAUCUGACAGAAGAGAAGAACAACCUGGAGGCCAACUAUGACAAGCUAGUCCAAGAUGUGCAUCAGCUUAUGAGCUUCCAGGAGGAUAGGGUGGUGGAUUUCAGACAUCUGCAGUCUGCCAUUACAUAUCAGCAUGAAUGCAGAAGUGAACUGGUGGCUGAUAUGAAUGGCAAAGAUGGCAAAGAAAGAUGCAGAGGAAAGGAAAAGCAUGGUGAAGAGAAGGGGAAGCUAGAGCUUCAGAUUGCUGGGUUGAUUAAGGCAGAGGAGAAGCUGAAGGAGAAGAUCAAGGGGAUCCAGGCCAUCUUAGAGAAGUGA